AUGGCAGCAACCAGCGGCCAACACGACGUGUUGGCCUCGCUAAACACGGCCCAGCGACGCGCCGUCACCUCGUCAUCUAACACCGUUGCAAUUUUGGCUGGUCCAGGCAGUGGUAAAACACAUACACUCACAUCCCGUGUGGUAUGGCUCAUCCAGGAGGCUGGAUUGAGGCCGUCCGACAUGAUUGUCGCGACCUUCACGGUCAAGGCCUCGAAAGAGAUGAAGGAGCGCAUAGGCAGGGCCUUGGGCGAUGGAGUUCAGAAAAAAAUUGUCCUCGGCACAUUUCAUUCGAUUGCUCGCCGCUACCUCAUUUACUAUGGCAAGCAUAUUGGACUUGAUCCCAAGUUUGGUAUUGCCGACGACAACGACUCCAGGGCGAUCCUGAAGAGACUCAUCAAACGACUUGGCCUACAGCUAGACCCCGCCAUGGCAAAGGGAUGGAUAAGCAAGAGAAAGUCCAGAGGAAGCUUGGAUCCGCCAGUAGAAAGGCACCCUGAUGGAACUAUAAAGCGGGACAAUCCGGAAUUGCUGCAGUGUUUUGCAGAGUACCAAAGCAAUCUCUCUACAUCCAAUUUGCUGGAUUACGAUGACUUGCUGAUCUGCUGCGUCGAUCUGCUGCGUGCAUACCCGAUAUGUGUUUCCAACAUACAGGUCGUCCUAGUUGACGAAUACCAAGACACAAAUGGCAUCCAAUACGAACUCAUGAAGCUUUUCGCUCAGGAGCGCCGCCGCAUAACGAUUGUUGGCGAUCCCGACCAGAGCAUAUAUGGCUGGCGCUCGGCUGAGAUUAGAAAUCUGCACCGACUGCAGAAGGACUUCCCUAGCACCGACGAAAUAUCCCUCGAAGAGAACUAUCGCUCCUCCCAAUCCAUUCUUACUGCCUCGUUGAGCGUCAUUCAACAAGAAUCCAGUCGCUAUGACAAGCUUCUCUUGCCCAUCCACGGCAAAGGCACAACGCCCGUCCUGCGGCGCUUGCGAUCUGCGGAGGAUGAGGGUCAGUGGAUAGUUGGAGAGAUAGAGCGCGCGAGACUUAUGACUGGCGGCAUGCUCAAAGGUGAGGACUGUGCCAUUCUUCUCCGCUCAGCCUCCUUAUCCCGCCACGUGGAGUCCGCGCUGGGCAGAAGGGGAAUACCGUAUCGAAUGAUUGGCGGCCACAAGUUCUACGAACGCAAAGAGAUCAAGAUCCUACUCGACUACCUCCGCGUCGUGCAUCAACCUAAUAGCAACGACGCGGUAUCGCGCAUCAUCAACGUGCCCAAGCGCGGCGUUGGUGAGGUCACCAUCAAAAACCUUCUGGAGGAAGCCGAAAUCGGAAAGCUGCCGCUGUGGCAAAUCCUGGAGGAGCACUGCCAGGGAAACCAUCGUGUCAGGUUAACAAAGACUCAAGAAAACAACAUUCGCGGCGGCCUCAUCAGAGCUAUUACAUCACUCAGGAAGCAAGUUAACGAAGUCGAAGCGGGGGAGCCCCAGCCUCUGGUCGAGGUGAUUCAGAAGUUGAUUACGCAACUCGACUAUAAAAGCUUCUUAGAAAAGGAAUUCGGACAAGACCACGAAGGCCGCUGGGCUAAUGUGGAGGAGUUUGUCAACAUGGCAACGGACUUCAUGAUGGAAAAUAGCGAUCUUGACGGGGAUGCCCUGCCCGAAAUUGACGACGCCGAGCAGUCUAACAAUGAUACCAUGCUUGGGCGCUUCUUAGCGAAUAUUACCCUUUCCGCAGAUGCGCAAAAGGACCAGGACGGUGUCGACACCUCCGCGGUUGUGACGAUAUCCACCAUUCACGCAGCAAAGGGUCUCGAAUGGCCCGUUGUUUUCGUUCCUUGCGUUUACGACGGCUCCAUCCCGCACUCUCGCUCCGAGGACGAUGACGAGGAGCGCAGGCUGCUGUACGUUGCCAUGACGCGUGCCAAGGUACUGCUCUACUUGAGUUGUCCCACCAAGACGGCCUGGGGCCACGGCGAUGCCGUGCUGUCCUGCUUCUUGUCCAGCUUUGCCGCCACGGCCUUUGCGGACCAGGGCCCCUCGUUUGACAGGCAGGUGGUUGAAGACAUGGCCAAGACGCUGAGACGAUCGGCGCCCUCGGAAAAGGCCAUUUUUGACAACCUGCCGCCCAUGUUUGCCGUCGAAGAUGAUCUUUUUGACACCGACCCUUUCGGCCAAGGGCGGCGAUUGCAUGGACCGACCAACAGUCGGCUCGGUUAUCGUGUCGGCAACAACCUCAACGGCAAUCAGCCUCAGUGCAUCAGCAGUAGCUCCGACAGCAGCGUUGAAGAGAUUGGUUGGAAGCCAGUCUGCAAAACGACGAUGGGAGAGUCUUCCGGUUUCACCACGUUGAAUCUUCCCGGCUUCAUGACUGCCAGCGCGCGCCAAAGCAUGGUCGUCGCCGAGGCAGCGGAGAAGCGGGCGACGACGGACAAGGAAGCGAAGAAGACCGGCGCAAAGCGAAAACAUGACCAGCAUUCACUGCUCGGCUACGCGGAAACCAGGUCAGGGCGGCUCGUCGCCAAGAGGCCGGCGGCAGCAUUUGCGUCGGCGAUGCAACCCCCGACGUCUUCCUCCCGACCUACCUCCAUCUUUCAGGCGCCGCCGCCGGCCAUUGAACCGAGUCUCUCGCGCCAUAGAAUAGCGCAGAGACCGAUGUUGCCGGAACCGGGUCGCGCGUGUAUGCCCACAACGCGCGACAGUCCCAAGAAAAACUACGCUUGCUUCUCGAGCUCGCCGACGCGGCCGGAGCCCGCAAAAGAGGUGACUAUUAAACAACCGUCGGCUCCGCUGCAACCAGCUCCCAGCAAAACGAUAUCCCUCCUACAAAACACGACUUCCUUUCAGGCCGGAAAGAUUGGUGGCAUGCGGCGGCCCGUGGGCAUGGGGGCGCGUCUGGAGUCGGGCAAUGUGCGAAAGCCAUUCAAGCCGCUGACGUUGAAUCGGCCAACUAAAUAA